AUGUUGCAACAUAAUAGAGCCUCGGAGAGAAUGAACAUAACUCUCAUGGAGCGUGAAAGGUGCAUGAGGACUCAAGCAGGCGUACCCAGUCCUUUGGGGAGAAGGCAGUUAACCACGCUUCAUAUUUGGUUAACUGGUCUCCAUCGGGAUAUCUUGACUUCAAGUGUGCAGAAGAGCGCACCAGGGAUGUUCAUCAAUAUUUAUAGUCAAGUUGUGAGUACAUAG